AUUCCUCAGGAACCAUCCUCCUUUUUUAAUUUUUAAGGAGCUGAUGCAGUACACAUGGAUGGUGACCAGAUUAUUGUGGAAGUUCAAGAAACUGUUUUUUUAUCUAAUUCAGAUGUAACUGUGCAUAAUUUUGUUCCUGAUGAUCCAGACUCAGUUAUAAUUCAAGAUGUUAUUGAAAAUGUUCUUAUUGAAGAUGUUCACUGCUCAAAUAUUUUAGAGGAAACAGAUAUAUCUGACAAUGUCAUUAUUCCUGAGCAAGUGCUUGAUUUAGAUACAGCUGAAGAAGUGUCUUUAGCACAGUUUCCAAUUCCAGACAUUUUAGCUUCUAGUAUUACAUCAACCUCAUUAACUAUGCCUGAACAUAUCUUGAUGAGUGAAGCUAUACAUGUGUCUGAUGUAGGACACAUUGAACAAGUGAUUCAUGAUAGUCUAGUAGAAACAGAAGUCAUUACUGAUCCUCUGACAGCCGACAUUUCAGAAAUACUGGUAACAGAUUGUGCUUCUGAAGCAGUCUUAGAUUCCAGUGGAAUGCCUCUGGAGCAGCAAGAUGAUACCAAAGUCAACCGUGACGAUUAUCUUAUGAUUUCUUUGGAUGAUGCUGGCAAAACAGAGAAUGAAGGUUCGUCUGAAGUUACCACGAAUGCAGAGUCAGAAAGUGAUCCUUAUAAAUUAAAUGAAACAUCUCCUGAAGUUAUCAAGGUGUACAUUUUUAAAGCUGACCCUGAAGAGGAUGAUGUAGGAGAAACUGUAGACAUUGUGGAGAGUAAGACUGACAAUGGCAAUGAAGCUGAAGUCAUUGAUCAGAGUAGCAGCAUUUAUGUUCCCAGAGACAACGUUUAUAUGCCAGUCAGUGAUUCUCAGAAGGAAGAAGAAGAUACUAAUGUGGCUGAAAUAACAAAGUUUUAUAUAGAAGUAAUUGUAGGAGAUGAAGAUGCUGGUGACACAGCUGCAGAUACUUCUGAGCAUGAACAACAGAUGGAUGACAGUGAAAUAAAAGCAGCUUUCCUGCCUAUUGCAUGGGCAGCAGCUUAUGAUAAUAAUUCUGAUGAAAUUGAAGAGCAGAAUGUCACUGCAAGUGCUGUCUUGCACCAAAAUGAGUCUGGUGGCCUUGACAGAGUACAUAAACAAAAAGCAAAAAAGAAAAAAAGACCUGAAUCCAAACAGUACCAAACAGCAAUAAUUGUUGCUCCUGAUGGACAGACUUUAAUAGUCUAUCCUUGCAUGUUUUGUGGAAAAAAAUUUAAGACCAAAAGUUUUUUGAAAAGACACAUAAAAAACCAUCCUGAAUAUCUUGCUAAGAAGAAAUACCACUGUACUGACUGUGAUUACAGUACCAACAAGAAGAUAAGCUUGCAUAAUCACAUGGAGAGCCACAAGCUAACCAUUAAGACAGAAAAGACAACAGAAUGUGAUGACUGUGGGAAGCAUCUUUCUCAUGCUGGGACUUUGUGUACUCACAAAAAAGAAAAAGAAAAAGUCAGCAAAACAUAUAAGUGUAAGUUCUGUGACUAUGAAACAGCUGAACAGACAUCAUUGAAUCACCAUCUUUUGGCAGUCCACAGCAAGAAAUAUCCUCACGUUUGUGUAGAAUGCGGCAAAGGUUUCCGUCAUCCAUCAGAGCUCAAAAAGCACAUACGCGUUCACACUGGAGAGAAGCCUUAUCAGUGUCAGUAUUGUGAGUACAAAUCUGCAGACUCUUCUAACUUGAAAACACAUAUAAAAACUAAGCAUAGUAAAGACAUACCACUGAAGUGUGGCAUCUGUCUCCUGACUUUCUCAGACACCAAAGAGGCUCAGCAACAUGCUCUUAUACACCAAGAAAGCAGAACACAUCAGUGUUCAUAUUGCAACCAUAAGAGUUCAAACUCAAGUGAUUUGAAGAGACAUAUAAUUUCAGUUCAUACAAAGGACUAUCCUCAUAAGUGUGACAUGUGCAGCAAAGGGUUUCAUAGGCCUUCAGAACUCAAGAAGCAUGUGGCUACCCAUAAAAGUAAAAAAAUGCACCAAUGUAGACACUGUGACUUUAAGAGUCCAGAUCCAUUUCUGCUAAGUCGCCAUAUUCUCUCAGUUCACACAAAGAAUGUUCCAUUUAAGUGUAAGAGAUAAAAGGGAUUUCGACAACAAUGUGAGCUUCAAAAGCAUAUGAAGACCCACAGUGGCCGGAAAGUGUAUCAGUGUGAGUACUGUGAAUAUAGCACCACAGAUGCCUCAGGCUUUAAGCGGCAUGUUAUCUCCAUUCAUACAAAAGACUAUCCUCACCGCUGUGAGUACUGCAAGAAAGGAUUCCGAAGACCCUCUGAAAAGAAUCAGCACAUAAUGCGGCAUCAUAAAGAAGUUGGCCUGCCCUAA